AUGGGGACAGAUAAGAAGAUUGAUGGAAGUGUGGAAGAGCAGAAAUGGUAUCAUGGGAUGAGACCGCGACGGGACAUCGAGCAUUUAUUGGUGCACGACGGCGAUUUUUUGGUGCGAGCCUCCGAUGGCCGAACAAACAAUGUCGAAAUUAUAUUAUCCGUUCGAAGUGAAUCCAAAGGCCUUAUGCAUUUGACUCUGGCAUGUGUUGAAGGAAAAUGGCAAUUGGGAUUGACAAAAUCUGGCAAGAAAAUUCAACGAUUUAACACUAUUCCGCAAUUAAUCGAAUAUUACAAGAACCACAAAUUAUCGAACUCGCUUAUUCUCAAAAAGCCAGUUUACCGGCCCGAUUGGCUCAUUAAGCACGACAAAGUCACAUUUGACAGGACGAAGGACCACUUGGGUUCCGGCAACUUUUGCGACGUUUUCAAAGGAAAAUAUGACAAGGGCGAUGAUCAGGUGAUCGAUGUCGCUGUCAAGGUUUGCCACGCUCAAAUCGAGGAUGGAAAGACGCCGGAAGAGCUGCGAGAAGCUCGCGAGAUGAUGCUCGGAGAGGCGAAAGCGAUGAGCCAUUUUGUGCACAAUUAUAUCAUACAACUCUACGGCGUCGCCUGCGAUCAUCCGCCGGUUCUUAUUGUUAUGGAAUACUGUCCGGGAGGAAGUUUGGAUAAGCAUCUUCUUGAGCAAAAGGAGAAUAUCGAGAUCGCCGAGCGGCUUGUAUAUGUUAAUGAGGCUGCUCGCGGAAUGCGCUACCUUCACAGUCGGAAUUGUGUUCAUCGCGACCUUGCCGCCCGGAAUUGUCUGAUAUCGGCACAAGGAUUCAUAAAAAUAUCCGAUUUUGGACUAUCGAAACUAUUAGAUGGUAAUAAAGAGGAGGAGACAAUCGACGAAUCGUCUCCCCAAAUUCCGUUGAGAUGGAUGGCACCAGAAUCGUUGAAGAAACCGCGCAAAUUCUCCAAAGCCUCUGAUGUCUGGUCAUUCGGAGUUUUGCUCUACGAGAUUUACAACGACGGCGAGAAGCCGUGGCCGGAUUGGCCGCCGAAAAAGAUUGCCACGUUCAUCAGAAAAGCUUCAAUGCCGGCGAUGCCGGCGAAAACGCCGCCGGAGGUCAAAGAAUUGGUGGCUAAAAUGUGGAAUAUGAAUGCGAAUGAGCGGCCAACAAUUCGGGAGAUUGUCGCGAAAGUAUGGAAGAUAUUGAGGAAAAGCACACUUCCCAAACCGAACAAGUUCUCUGUUAAUAAACUUCCCGGAGUUGAACGGGUGGUUUCCCUCUGGGAAUCAAGCAUCAAUGAUGAUAAUGAUGAGCACACCGAUACGACGAAUAAAGACUCGAUCGAUGGUGCUAGCACAAAUAAAUUUGGAUCGGGAGAAAUGGAUCGGAAAAAACCGAAAUUAGUUGAAGGAAUCAUGCGGCCAAUGGAUAUUAAAAAAAGAGGAAUGAGGGGUGGCUUAGGUGUUAGUGGUCCGUCAACAACAGGAGUUGGCUCAAUCAAGAGCAAACUCGAUUUUUCGGACAUCUCAAGCAAGGGAAAAUCGCCAGUAUAUUCCGGAUCUUCUCCAUCCGCUUCUCAAAAUGCAAUCCGACCCGCUCUCGAGGAAAAAUGGAAGGAAUUUGGGGAAACUUUUAAUUUAAAUAUUGAAACUUUUAUGAAAAGUGUUAAUGAUUCUAUUGAACAAGAGAAGUUUAAUAAGAUGGAACGCAUGAUAGUGUGUGUUUUAAAAUAUUUCCUUCACAUUCAUCCGGAAAAAUUUAAAAUCGAAUAUCGAUUAAUCGGAGUAGUCGCAGAUCUUGUAAAAAAGUAUGCGAACCGUUUUAAACAAAAUCAUGUUCAUCGCGGUUUUCUGUACAUUUUAUGCAAUUCGAGGCAUUUCCCCGAGAAUAUUCUCAAAUUAUUCGUUGCGAUUACGACGAGUCUCGCGAAACAGCAGCAAAUUCUUGACAAAUGUUAUAUUAUUGCUUUCCUUCAUGACGCGAUUGGCACCAAUUCGGGAUUGGGAACGGCGAAUCGCUGCUGCUGGAUCGACAAACCGUAUUCGCAAGAGCUCGUCGAGCUCAUCCUCAAGCCGUUUGGCACAGUUGCUCCAUCCAAUGAGCUCUAUGCAUCAUGCUCGUUGAAUGUCCAAGAAGGCCUCACACCUCCUGAAUAUUUUCCGGAUUUGAAGCCCUCGGACAACUCAGCCACUGAUCAGCUUCUCGUCUACGUUGAAUACUUUAAGACAUGGUUCGAGAAUCUGCGUACCGAAUUCUUGCCGAAGCCCCUUUUUCGGGCUUUGUCGAUCCUAUGCGGUUCGGAUUACGUGAGAUCAUUCGUCGCCUCGCGAAUCGAGGUGUGGAUCAACUCGCAGAAGUAUAAUCGCGAGGUUUGCGAGAUUCUGCUUGUUCUUUGCAAGAAUUUGGACGGAGCCAAGGAUCGAGACGUCAUCGAAUCGCUUCUGAAGUUAACUAAUAAAAAUAUGAAAGCUAGAGUUAUCGCCAAUCCCUUAUCGGUUGCCCUUAAAUGUGCCUAUGAGAAGCCGGAAAACACGACAAUUUUUGUAGAAUUGCUACUGGCCACGGAAUUCGGACCCGUUCAAAACAAGAACUCGUCGAAUCUCAAUGUGUUGUAUAGUAUUCUGGUUGCACAACCAGAUGAAGCGACGGCUGCAAUUGCCAAGUAUUGCGCCGAGGAAUUGAUUAAAGACAAAGAAAACACAGCAGCCAAGAUUCGAUCGCUUAUUAAAGAGCUUACACGCGGUUAUAUGCACCUCAGAGGCGGCUUCUUUCGGUUUUCGAUUUUCGCAAAACAAUUUUUGGAUGUGAUCUCGCGGGAAUCGCUCAAAGGAAUAUUCGAGCAUUUGCCGAUGUUGGCGUGCGAGACCGUCGCCCAUGCCACAUUGGCGUCAUUGGUGGCGGUUCUCAGCGCCAAUGAGAACGCCUUCGCCAAAAAGUUUAAUACAACCGAGUCCACAAUCUCGCCAGAAGCUCGUCAGGUUCGUGAGCGAUUCCAGAAAGAAUUCAGAGAGUACUGCGUAAUUGUGCUCAAAUGGCUCUCGCAAGGCAAAGUGAUUUUCAUUGAAUCGUCGGCACACGAACACGCCUAUUAUGUCCUCCUGUUUCUUGGGAGACUCCGCGAGUUGUACACCAACAUCGACGCCUCAGCCGUCUCAUCGGAAGGCGAAUUCAAGAAUUGUUGCAGAAUUUUCGGCGAAUGUGGAAUCACUGAGGAAAUGAUCUUGCUAAUCAUUGGGGAUAUUGAUUGCCCUUUAUCACUGCCGGCCUCGAUGGAUGUGAUUACAAAAUUGACUGAAAGAGCAUCGAAGAAUUGGCUCAAAUAUUCGAAGGAGCCUUUGAUUCGAUUCAGCGAUCCGAUGAAAUUGUGUAUGAGAAUCAUGGAGCACUCAAUAAUCAAUAAGAAAUUGCGCGGAUUAGAUUCGAAAGAGCCGGUAAUUGCCAACAAAACCUACUUCAAUAUGGGAUUUUAUUUGAUUAUGCAAUGGAUUAGUGGAGGAGAAGUGCCGGAAGAGUUUGAGCAGAUUUAUGAGAAGUUUCCAAUGAUUCGAUACAUGGUUCAGAAUGUUUUGCUAAACACUUUUCAAUUUCCGAUGCCUUUUGAUGGAAAAUCGCAGACCGAUAUUUAUCAAGAAGUCAAAGAGUACAAUAAUGCGGAGAAUGAGAUAAUUAACGGAUAUUUCGAAAGAUUGACGAAUCAGGGAGUUUUUCAAAUGCCGGGACCCAGUGUUGUCUAUGAUCCAUUCUUGCUUCGUGAACCAUCAAUAUUUGGAGAAUUGGCGAAUUUUGCGAGAAUCUGCAAUCCUUUAUCCCGACUUGCUCUUUGUAGGAAACCGCAUCUUUUGAGCAUUUAUUCUGAACAAUACGGAGUCAAUAAAGUGAUUUAUGCGAUCAAGGAGAUGAUCGCGGUGAAUCCGAUGGGAAUCUCACUUGUUGAGGACGAAUGUGUCUAUUUGACUAUUGAAUAUUAUUUGACGAAUGGUAAAGAUGAAGAGGAGGCCCAGAAGAAUACGAAUCUCGAAUUUUUGUUCGGCUACUUAACGAAUAUCCUUGGGAAGCAGUCAACAUCGGGAUCAGACGCUGACCCCGUGGUGAACACCAUAAUGAAUUCGUUGAGCUCGCAGUCGUAUGCCACUCGAGCUGCUGCCGUCACAAUCUUAUCACGAAUAUUCCCGAUAAACGACGGCCGCGUUGGAUUCGAUGUUGAGCAGUUGUCGAAGACGCCGAAGUUUGCCGGGAAUCGCACGCACUUCAUGAAGAUGCUCGCGUUGGCGGUCGAUCUCGAGAAUGGACCGCAACUUGCUCGCACGUAUCUCACCUUCUUGCAGGAUCAUCUUGAGCCGGAAUCGAUGCACGAGGUUGCUCGAGUGAUUUGCGGAGUCGCGUUUUCGAAUCGAUAUGCGCUUCGCAAUGAAAUUUGUGAGUUCUUCGUCAAAUACAUCGAUGCGGUUCCUGAUAUUCGUCAGAACGGCCAGUCUCAAUCAAAUCGGACUACGUUGGAAAUUGCCAGUCAGCGGAUAUCAGUGGAAAAGGAUGUUCCGGAAGCGGUUAUUCAUAUUCUAGCGACUUAUCCGGAACAAGAAGGGGCUGAUGAUCAGUAUGUCAGAAGUCUGAUGGAGGUGUGGCUCACGCCUGGAUCGAUUCCGAAGCGGGUUGAUGAGCAGACUGGAGCCACAGAGCCGAUUCUAAAUAUGACGAUGCGAAAGACAAUGUUAACGUCGACACAAAAACCGGUUGUUGAUGCUGCACUUGAAGGUCUUACUGAGAAAGAUGCGUCGGAUUUCGUUCUGGUGUCGAGAAUGACGAUAAACACAGCGGAAGCUGUCCUGCAGAGAGCUGAUAAUAUGAAUGUUGACGGUUUCGACCUUGCCACUUUAUCCAAUAUGUACAUUUUGCUAACUGGAUAUAAGCUGAAAGGCGUCAAAGCGGGAACGAAGCUUCUUGAAAAUGUGAAAAACUGUUUGGACCGACUGAAAAAUUCGAAUAUAGUGAAGGAAGAGGAGCCGAUGGUUGUUGAAGAGUUUCCGAUCGACGAUCAACCGGCGCCGUUCAUUCGUGCCGAUGAGAAGUCGUUGUUGUUGACGGCGGCGCCGCCGAAGCUCACCGAGCAGGAGAUUGCGUCGUGGCUGAAAACGAAUUGCGCGGGAAUCGCACAGAAGAAUCGACCACCGCCGGCGUCGAAACUACCGCCCGGAUUCAUCCAAUCGGUGGUGUCGAAUUCUGGAAUUGCGACGACCUGUCUGAAGCAUAUCGAAGCGAAUCUGAAGUUCUUUCUCGCCAACGAAAAUCUUUUCCAGAUGCUGAUGGUGGUGGUGGAUGCGGCGUCUCAAAGGUGUUCGGAUCUUCAAAAUCGCCUCGAGACGCUUGCCAUCCGUGUACUGAAAAGUGUCAAUCCACCGGCGAGUGUGAAAGCGGUUCUCGAGAAGCACGCUGCCGUUGGGAUCAUGUCGCAGAAGAAGGCGGCGAGUGCGGCGAAGCCGAUGAUUUCGAAUAUUGGGCAACUCGCGAAUUCCAUUCGGAAGGUCAAAGAUGUCAAUGAGCGUAGAUUGCUUUUGACGGAUUUCAUGUCAAAUGUGAUGCACGAGAAGAAUGAGGAGCCGAAAUCGGAAGAUGUUGCGAUUUUUUUGCAAACCUUGUGGGAUGUAAAUUCGGAGGGGUCCGAUGGCUCGGACGAGCUUGUUGCCCAUAAAUGUGUGUCGAGCAACUGGACGAUCCAUCUGAAGCGGAAUAUUUGUGUUUCGCUUCUGAAUCACUAUCAGUCGAGUCUGAACGCUCUUUUGAUCUUCCGGAUCAUCGAAUCCUAUUGUAGAACAUUCCCGAUCGCGUCGUAUCGCGAAUUGUUCACACUUAAGCGGAAAAAUGAAAAGAUUGAGUUUGUUCUGAACACGGCGGCGUUUACGUCGAUUGCUCAAUACUUUGCCAACAUUGCGAGUCAGAGUGAAGAAUUUGAUCUCAACAUUGUCAGCUUAUUCGAGAAUAUGGAGCGAGAGGGUGGUGUCCAUGCGAGUCUUUGUCUUGGAGAGCAGCUGCUUGCCACGAGAUGCGCGAAUGAUUCGAAGGAGAUUCGAUGCGCGGCGCAGAGGAUCAUCGAUUUGCUGCUGGAUCGAUUCCCAUAUUUAACGUAUGAGCGCGGAAUUGCGUGGUCGAUGAGAAUUCUGUCAAACGUCGAAACGCGCGAGAAUUGCAUUCGGAAGUGCGAGCAGAUUGUUGAUAGAAUUAUUGAAGCACCUGUGGAGAAUCAGAUGAUUGAGGACAUUUGCGAGGAUGAUCGAAUUGCGACGGCGUCGUCAUCGAAAGAAAAUGAUAUUCAAAAUGCGAUGAUCGGAAGCAAACGAUAUGGCGAUAAUCGACGGGGUCCGCCGACGAAAAAAGGGAAGUGGGCGAAGGAUGAGUCGACGGAUAACGGAGAAACGGCGGCGGCGGCGACCAAGAAUGAUGAGACGAUCACAGCGAUUGUACAAUUCAAUGCAAUGCUCAGAGAACAUCCGAAUAUAGUGAAAACGAAAUUCCCGAUUCUCGCCAACUUUGUUUCGAAUAUUUGCGCGAUGAAUCGAAGCGAUUUGAAGGAAGAGAAUCGUGUUCGCAAGGUCGAACUCGUGCUGUCGGCAGUGGUCACAUUGUGCUCGUACCUGCGCGACGACGAGUUCUCUUCGGUUGACACCGCAUUGACGAAUUGUUUCGAGUUUUACGAGAAACACAUUGAGGAGGGACUGCUUCACAUUCGGGAUCAGAUCGCGUUCUCGGAACUCUUGAUCAAGGCGUGCGCGGCGUAUUUGAAUCGAAAUACGACGGAUGCGCGCAUAUUACUCCGCGACAACAAGCCGAUUAUCGAUCGAAUCUGUAAACGAUGCCGUGGAACCGAUGUCGAUUUGAUUCUGGAUAAUUUGGUCGCCGAGACAGUUUAA